UGGAGAAAAUCUAGAAAAUACAAUGGCUGCUUUCAGACAUGCUGUCAGCCUCGGGACAGAUAUGCUGGAACUUGAUUGUCAUCUCACGAACGAUGAGCAGGUUGUAGUGUCACAUGAUGGAAAUUUGAAGAGGUCUACAGGUGUCAGUGUUGGUAUAUCAGAGUUGAACUACUGUGAUCUGCCUCCCUACUUGUGUCAACUAGAUGUGACAUUUGAAAAAGAUUGUUGCUGUGAUGGUGGAGAAGACAAGCAAAUCCCUCUGCUGAAAGAUGUAUUUGAAGAAUUUCCAGAAACUCCCAUCAACAUAGACAUCAAAGUGAAUAAUGAUGCUCUUGUGAAAAAGGUGUCUGAACUGGUAAGAGAAUACAAGAGAGAACACCUGACUGUGUGGGGUAACGCAGACUACGAAAUUGUACAGAAGUGCCACAAAGCGAACUGUGACAUCCCGCUGCUGUUUUGCUUCCAACGUGUCCUGCUGCUGGUGGGGUUAUUCUAUACAGGACUCCUGCCCUUCGUUCCACUCCGGGAACAGUUUCUAGAGGUCCCCAUGCCUUCUAUAAUCAUGAAACUUAAAGAUCCCUCCAAAAUGAGCAGAAGUCACAAAUUUGUUGUAUGGCUUGCAGAUGCCUUAUUAAUGAGAAAAUCUCUGUUUGAGCACUUGAAAGCCAGAGGAAUUCAGGUGUACAUCUGGGUAUUGAACAAUGAAGAAGAAUAUAAAAGAGCCUUUGAUUUGGGUGCCACUGGUGUAAUGACAGACUAUCCCACCAGACUAAAAAAGUUCCUGGAGACUUACUUUCACUGAGAUCGGAGAGCGGUUACAGAGCCAUUCAUCUGACUGAAGUUACUGUACAAUUAAGUCAUCAUACCUCAUGCAUGGCCUAGUAGGAAAUACUUAGAUUCUUAUACAUAUGUAUUUAAACAGAUCUUGUAUAGUUUACAUUUGUACAUAGGCUAACUAGAAUGGGAACUAAAACGUAACACUGUAUAUUAAGAGAAACAAAAAUGUCUUUUCCUAUGGACAGCCUGACGUGGAAUGUACACAGUGUUUAAUUAUGGAAAGUCAGAUUUUUA